UUUUACUCGUUCCAAUCACUAUGUUCACUACUAAAUUCAUAAAUAUACAAUAAUCCAAGAUGAUACUACGGCGAAAUAUUUUACCAACUAAAAUAACUGAUAUUGCGUGUUUUUUCCUCAUAGCUACAUUUAUACCUAUAACUUUUUUCUUUGAAGUACUCGUCGUUAUACCAGAAUUCCAUGCGGAAGGAAGUUCAAUCUACAUUUUAACAUGGUGUGCUGGUCUAUUUCUUCUAUUUAAUAUAUUAUCAAAUAUGUUUGCAUGUAUGCUUGUUGAUACAAGCAUCAAGCAUGCAAUACUCAAACCACCUACAAAUGCUGAACAUUUGAAAUAUUGGUCAUUAUGUUCAGAAUGUGAGACUGUUGUACCACCACGUUCUUGGCAUUGUCAUAGUUGUAAAACUUGUAUAUUGAAACGUGAUCAUCAUUGUCUUUUUACUGGAUAUUGUAUUGGUCAUCAUAAUCAUCGUUAUUUCAUAUACUUCUUAAUAUAUUUGGUCAUUGGUUCAGCUUAUACAACCUGUUAUAAUAGUGUAUAUUUCUGGUGGUUACACGCUGAUACUUAUGCCAAUGCCAGUACAAUUUUAAAAAUAAUUUUACCAAUGUUUAUGCUAACGUUUAAUUAUUCAUGGGCUAAUUUUUAUUUACUUAUUUAUGUGUUGAACAUAAUUACAUUUGCAUUUUCUUUGGUAUUACUAAUAUACCAUAUACCAAGCAUUCUCAAAGGUGCUGUGGCUUAUGAGCGUACAUCCCCUAAAUACGAUCUUGGUUGGAAGCAGAAUUUAGAAAUGGUAUUGGGUAAACGAAUGCAUCUUGUUUGGAUUUCACCAUUUAUAUAUAGUCCAUUACCGCAUGAUGGGAUACACUGGGAAACAAUAUUACAGCAAUCAGUAAAAAAUCGUUAAAUAAAAAAAAUUUUUUUAUAUUGUAUGAACUAUAGCAUUUAGUCAAUUUUCAUGUCAUUUUAUUAAGGUUCUCAAAGCAGUAUUGAAUCAUUUUUUAAAACAAAAAAAUUUAUGCCAUUUUUACACAAAU